CGUUUCACCAGCUGUCGACGCCGCCACUGCCUCAUCAAAUGUUGUAUGCCGGCUCCCGUCACAACAGGAGUAGAUGCACCACGGACAGUCUGCGAUGCCACCUCCCAAAUCUCCCUCUGGGAGCCUGAGGGGGAUACAAGAUUCUGCAAUGGCGGCCAGCAUGCGAGGAAAUCCCCCCCACUACUUGAAACGAUCCUUCUCGACGCCCACGGUGGGUGGUGCGACCCCAUCGUCGUUCCUGGAAUCCCAGUCCCUGGCGCCACAGAUGGGCGAGAAGAAGAGGAACAAGCUGGGUUACCAUAGAACAUCCAUCGCCUGUGGCCAUUGCCGUCGACGCAAGAUACGCUGCAUCAUAUCUACCGAGGACCAAAAUCGAUGUGUCAACUGCAUACGACUCAAGAAGGAGUGUAGCUUCCAUCCGGUGGACCAGCAACAGCCGUACGAUCAGAAACAGCCGCCUCAAACGCCUGGGAGCUCCAGCACUGUGACGGCAUCUUCGUCGCCUGCUAUAUCCCGUGGCAGCUCCGUCGAUCAAGGACUGCAGCGUCAUCAUUAUCCUUCCAUGCCUGUCGCGUCGGUGCCCAGCAUGGGCAAUCCGGCGAUACAGACACCCCAGGGAGAGUUUUUUCCGCCAGACAUGGAAGUAUCGUCCAAUAACGUACCACCUGGGCCAUCGUAUGGUAUAGGGGAGUCGCCUUCAACGGGAUGGAUGACUACGGACACAAACAGCGACACCAUGGCGAAGCCUCGCGACCCGAAUGCGAUUUGGCGACCAUUUCCCACCGAGGUCCCGAUUCCCGUGGGUGGACCGCUGUCACCGUAUGCGAAUCCGUCGGCCUCCUCAACCACCUGGACAAACUCGAAUUAUGCCACUGGAAGCGAUAUAACAUGGAACAGUAACAGCAUGCCGCCGCCUCCCCGAUCCAUGUCGUUCAGCGGUGAGAUGCUGGGAAGUCAAGGCACGCCGCAUUACUAUCCAGUGCCGCACCAAAAUCAAAUCUAUGACAGACAAUCGCAACAAUUCACGCCAAUCUACGGAGGUGUGCCUGUUGGUGGAACGGACGAGGGCAUAGAGCAUGCCAUUGACCCUGCAAUAAUGGGCGGCAGUGUUCAGUCUUCCACACCGAUAGCAUGGCAGCAGCAGCAGCAGCAACAACAACAUCAGCAACAACAACAGGCACGGACGCAGACGCAGCAGCCACAACCGCAGCUCAUGUCACAGCAGAUACCGGACACACAAGGAGGUGCUUAUCGCCCUUGGGGAGAAUACGGCGAGGGCGACAGAUCACACAUGUAA